GUUGCACCCUUUCGGUGCCUAGCUGCCGUGCCACCCGAACGAGGCACGAGGGCUGGGAUACUGUCAGGUUGCCCAAGCCUAGACAGGGGAAGUCAAGAGGCGGUGGUCCGGUUCGAACCACGGACCUUCCGGUCAGUAAAUUCGCGCUCUAACCACCUGGUCCGUCUCGCCCUUGAGUGGUUACUUUCAAGUGAAGAGGAAUGGGGUCAGCAAAGGAAAGUCAUAAAUGAUGCCCCUUAUUUGGCGAGAUUCUCGCGAUACUUCCUCGUUACCCCGAAUACCCUA